AAAAUUCCUAUAUCACAGUUUUAUGAAAAGGACAUUACAAUCGACAAGAAAAUUGAUAUACAUAUAAAAAUUCAACUAUAAUGGACAAAUCAUAUAAAAUAUAUGUCAAUUGAAUAACAAAAAUAUUCACACAACAUGAACCGCCUAAGAUCCCAAAAGUUCAAGGUGAACAAUGCACCGGCGGAAAUACCGGAAACAAACAACAACGACAGUGGAGGCAAUAGCAACAGUCUUCUCAAUAAUAGCCUGCUCAAUAAACUGAGUAAGCGCUAUUCUACGCUCAGCAACAAAAUCACACGUCGGACCCAAGCGGGUCGUAGAGGCACCUCACCGCAAAAAGUCGUUUCGGGCAGUUAUGAUAUGACCGGAUCUUUAUCUGAAGAUCAUCGCCUGGAAAUCGGGGCACCCGUCUUAAUAUCCUCAACAACAUUGGACGCUGAACGCUUUGAUGUUAGCGAGGAGCGACUGAAAAUGAUAGGUGGUGGGGUGGCGACAAUGAAUAAAAACAAAAUACACACCAUUGACAUAACCCUGAGCAGUGGUAAAAAUCGCUUGGAACUGCAGCAACCGCAUGCUAUGCAUUCCUCAUCGGGUAGUGAGAAUGAAAUAUUUGUCGAUGCCUUGAGCAGCACACCCCAGGUGGAAGGAGGAGGAGAGGAACAGCAAGAAAAGGAUGUCUUCGAAAUUGCCUUUGAAACGCCUCAAAAGUUACCCCCAAGAGAGGAAGUCAUAACCACUCCGCCUUUUGAGACGCCUCAGCCAUUGAUGGCGGCUAGGGAACAUUUGAAUGCCUCUCCCAUAUCCACCAAGUCCUCGGACAGCGAUAUGACUCCGGUCAAUCAGAUGGCUAACUAUUAUGAAAGCUCAAAGGAAAGCCAGAACAACAGACCCAAGUCCAUAUUAUCGCAGAAGGCCCAUUCUCAGUCGGCUCAUAACUUACAUCGCUCUGAGAUAAAGGUGUAUUUGCAGAAGGCUCCCUCCAUGAACCUGAAGGAGGAGGAACAGCAAGCAAUGGCCAUGGAAAUGGAUUUGGAAAAUGUAUCCCUGCCCAAAUUGCCGGAGCUUUAUGGCCAUAGUAAAUGUGAUUUAGCCGCGACCACAGACAAUGAGGAUGUUGAGUUGGAGCUUGAGGAUGAUGAGGAGCAUGACGCCGACAAGGAGAAUUCUUCACCCUCGGUAGUAGCUGCAUCGCUCAAAAGCAAAAGUGAACCGAAUACCCCCUUUGUCCUGGAGCCCAAACGCAAUAGUUUUCUUACCCAAAAAAAGCUUUUCCAAAGUGCCGAAAAUAUACAUCAGAGACGCAGCAAACGUCGCAGUGUGGUAUUCAGCAGCAGUACUUCGAUUAAUAAGCGCAAUGCUGAAACGCCCGGCAUGGGCUCCAAAAACAGUUUGUCCAGCCAACAGUCCAUCAACUUCGACGAUUACGAUUUGAAAUCGGUCAGUUGUCAAAGUUUGAAUCCCCAAACGCUAUUUGUGUCCAUAGACGAAUUGAAUGACCUGACGCGCCAGAUUAACGAAGCGGAAGACUUUAACCAGGACAUUGAUUUGGAGUAUUGCAUGCAUCGGGAUCAACUGAAGCCCAGCGAGAGACGCAUAACCCUAUUAAAGAAUAAAAAUUCCCGCCUGAUUAGUUCGGUCAACCACAAUAAGCAAAAAAUCAAAAAGGGAUGGACGGGAGUGAAACAUUGGAUAGGCGAGGAGGGUUCCAAAAUACGCGAGGUGGUGCAAAGACAGCCGUUGGUGCAAAGGAUCGGUUCGUCAAAGCAUAACCUAAGCAAUGCCGAAAGCAGACAUUCGCCAUCUCUUAAUGGCAGUGUUCUGCUGAAGCAGCAGUCUACAAGUCGAGGGGCGUCUCAGGAUAAAUGUUUGGAUGAGAGUGGCCUAGAUUCGAAAAUGACCUCCUCCAUGCAUUUGUAUGACAGUCAGAUUGUCUUAAGCAGUGACAAUAUUGCCGAUAGUAGCAAUGAAUUGAAUGAGUCCUUUGAGGGAGAUCGUUCUCCGCCAACAAAGAAGGAAGACCCAGAGGGCCAAAAUGGCUUUGAAGAAUUGCGUCGUUAUGUUAAGCAGGGUGGAGAUUUUGGUAAAGAACUCAUUGUCAUUUUACAAGAAAGAAUCGAUUCUGAGCUUUUGUAUUCCAAAUCUUUAUCCAAAAUGGCCAAUAAAUUGAAUAAGGCUUGCCGUGAAUUGCCCGGUUCCAUAGCCGAUGCUUGGAGGGGUGUAGCCACCGAAAUGGAAACUCGCAGUGAUAUACAUCGCCAACUGUCGGCUUCAUUGGCCGAGGAGGUGGUUAAGCCCUUAAAGACCAUAGUCGAAGGACAUCACAAGACCAGAAAAUCGGUUGAAAGUAAUGUCGAUAAGGCCUCUCGUGUUCUUGCUGAAUGGCGUGCCAGCGAAGCUAAGGGCAAAAAGUCAUCACACACUGCUGCUCGUGAAAAUGAGAAGCUUCAAGAUGCCAUGCUGGAUGUUAGAAUACAAAAAUCACCCUCCAUAGCCCUACUGCAGCAAAGCGUCAAUAAGCAAGCCGCCGAAAAGGAGAUCAAAUUGGCCGAAAAAGAUUGUGCAAAACUUGACAAUAAACGCAAAAAAGCCGAGGAGGCAGUCAAAAAAGCCGACGUCGAGUACUACACCCUAUGUGUGAGAGCCGAGCGGGCCCGUGUCGAUUGGGAAAUGGCCGUUUUGAGGGGUUCAUCUCUUCUACAGAAUAUCGAAAAUCAACGUUUGAUAAAUAUGAAAAAUUUCGUCUCGAACUAUGCAAGUCUCACGGCCAAUAUGAAUCCCAUAAUGGAGAGUUUGGUUCAACGUCUACAGCCGCAGGUGGAAAAUUGCAAUGUCGUCAAGGAUAUGCAGAUUGUGAAAAAUAUACGCCGCAAUGCCGAAGGACCCAGUGAACAAUUACUGCCCGAUUUCUAUUGUGAACACACCACAUUGGCCAUGAAUCGUGAAAGACGUAAACAUGCCUUGAUCAAACUCUUGCAAUUGGUCAAAACAGAUUUGGAGAGGGAGAGACGUUCUCGCAAUGGCUUAAAGGGUCUCUCGCAAUCUUUGAACAGUCAAGAGCAUCAGAAUAUCACAGACAAAUUGUAUCAUAUACGUUCAAUGCUUACAUAUUUGGAAGGAGCCCGCUUUAAGCUACAUUCAGCUUUAUUGGAAUUGGAUCAUAAACCUAGAUCUUCACAUCCUUUAGCUCAACAUAUACAGAUUACCCGUGAUCGCACUGGUCUACAGCAAAGCAUACUAAAGGUUCCCUUGUGGCUUAAGAACAACGAUAAACUUAACAAUUCCCAGGGUAGCGAUGAAACUGGCAAUGAAUACGACACCAUAUCACAGAGCAACACUACAACUUCGACAACGAAUAUCAGCUGUAUGGAUGGUAUUGUUAGCAGUCACGGGAAUGGCUCGACGGAUGGCAGCAGUUAUGGCAUGAAAAAUUUCAAUCGCAGCAAAAGCAAUAUCGAAACCUUCUCCAAUAAAAGGAAGAUCAGUGUAAACUCUACGGCUGCAGCACCCAACGCUGUAAAUGGAAAGACUAAAACGUUGUCGGGAACAACUGCAAAUCUUUACGAUGACACUUGCAGCGAUGAUCGCGGUCAGGCUGAUGGUGGUUCAAAUCAACAAGACUCCGACUUUGAUGAGUUCAGCUCCCAGGAUGAGGAUGAAGAGGCACAACUGACAUCGUCAACUACUGUGGGCGUAGGUGGACGCAAGGAGCACAAAGCCAACAUUGAAAAAUCUCUAUCGGCAGAAAAUUAUUAUCAAAACUCGACGGAGCUUAAGAAGCAGGAGCAACAACAAUACACACCAAAUGGCCUGGCGGAGAAUACUGGACAGGGCGGCCUUAAUACUUCCAAUGAAUCUUCAACCCACGUAAUUUUAGGUAGAUGUAAGGCUCUGUAUAAUUACACACCCAAAUUGUAUGAUGAACUCGAAUUGAUUCCUGGCGAUAUCAUAGAAGUUCAUGCCAAACAAGAUGAUGGCUGGUGGUUGGGAGCGUUACGCAACCAGGUGGGCAUAUUUCCGGCCACCUAUGUGGAGGAAAUCGCUUGAAGAGUAAAGAAGGCAAACUUUUAUUUAAGUUAUUGUUCAAAUUAUCAGAAUUAGGAGGUUGAAUGGAAAAAUCUUUAAAAGAUUUCUUCGAGCCAUGGAACCUUUAUCCCUCCAAAUGACUGCCAAUCACUCUUGUGUGUGUGUGUGUGUACUAACGCUGAAGUAGUGCCUUUUGUUGUUUUCUCUAGGAAAACCUUAUCUCAUAAAGGAUUAUAUUCUUCAUAUCUCACAAUCAUUUCACUUGCAGUGUUUUUGGAGAGGGGAAUUUUUUUUUUUUUUUUUUGUUUAAACAAAUCAUAUCGAAUGUAACUUGUAUGAUAAAUAGAAAGCAGAGAAGUAGAAAAACUCUUCAUCACAUUUUCUUACAGUAGUUUCAUUUAGUAAAAGAAACGAAUUAAAUUCGUCAUAAAUUUUUUUAAAUGCUGAAAUCUUCAGGACUAACCCAAGUUAAAAAAAGCACCGCUCACAUGUAACGCUCCACACAAUUUCAAAUUCUUGAUAACGCGUACAUCACAUGUUUUGUUAUUGUUAUUGAUAAUAUUAUUUUACUUUUUUUUAAUGAUAAGCUUACACUUUUAUUUAAAUAUAACAUUGCGAACAGUUUAUCCUUCGUAUGUCUUAGUCUUUAUAUUUAAGUUUUCAUUUAGUUUUGUUUUCGUUAAAAUUAAAAUUUAUUAUUUAUAUGUCCUAUUUUGUUUAUUCAUUAAUCAUUGUAUGAUGUUCUCGAAAAAUGUUGUAAAAUGUAACAAAACAAAAAAUUUAAGCAACUCAUUUUAUAUGAUUGAAUCCUCCUCCUCUCCUCAGCAUAAUUUUGUUAUCGAUUCACAAGGUUUCGAUUUGCUAUAAAGUGCGAUUGAUUAUUCAUGUCAUUUACUCACCCAUUGCUUAUUCAUUAUAAACGCAAUAAAAUUAUCCACUUAUAUUUAUAAAAAUAUAGAUUAUACGAAAUUUUAAUUUAAAGUAAAAAAAAGAACAAAACAAUAAAAACAUAUUCAUACAUACAUCCCUUGUUUAAGAAAUCGAACCCAGUUGACAAGAGUUGGUCUUCUUUCUUUAGAGCAUAGGUACAUAUCUCUUGUAAAUAUUUCAAAUAAAAUUGAUUAAAUUUAAAA